AUGCCUCCCCAACCUUCGUCGUUUGUGAACUCUCAACGUCGUUCUCCAACUGGAACACAACACAAAGUCAAAUCACGUCGAGUUCUCCCCACACGAUCUUCAAAUUUAAAUCCAGAGCAACAGCAAGCUAUUGACAAAGAACUUGAACAUCUUCUGGAGCUUGUUAAAGCUCAUUUUACUGGCUGGGGUAAUGGACCCCAGGGUUUUCAGUUGGCCGGAAUGCGAGCUCAGGCUCUAAGUCAGGAUGUAUUGCUCCAUGCAGCCACUGGUGCAGGUAAAACGGGAAUUGCUGCAGGACCACAUCUUUUGCCAUCCAGCACAGGAAAGGUUACCCUCAUGGUAUCACCUCUCCUCUCUUUACAAGAAGAACAGGUGGUAACCUUUCAGGAGGAAUUCAAACUUAAAGCUGUCGCAAUCAAGAGUAACAAUGGAGGAUGUACAAAAGAUGUCAUGGAGGUUGGGUUUGCAUUUUCUGGUUUGUGUGGCACUUAUAUUUCUCCUCAGGAUAUUGUGUCUGGAUUGUGGCAGAUUGUUAUCCUGUCUCCCGAGAUGCUGCUUUCCCGCCGUUUCAUAGAUGGUGUCCUCCAAAAACCUGAAUUUGGUUCACACUGCUUGUCCGUUUUUGUCGAUGAAGCACACUGUGUGUCGCAUUGGGGAGACUCCUUUCGGAAGAAAUACAGCUCAUUGGGAAUUGUUCGAGCAUUUCUUCCCCGAGAUACACCCAUUGUUGCAUUGACAGCAACUUUAACACCACGGGUGCAUGAAGACCUCAUCAACAAACUCCAGUUUGACCGAGAGAAAUAUCUAUUUAUCAACGAGGGUAAUGAGCGGUCUAAUGUUGCACAGAUUGUUCACGCUAUGGAGCACCCAAUGAAUACUUAUCGCGACCUCGACUUCCUCAUACCUGACAACAUGACCACCCCCCUUGACAUCAAGAAAAGUUUUAUCUACGCAGACAACAUUGCAGGAGGUACAGCUCUAAUCAAUCACCUCAAUUCUCAAGUAAAAGAGGAGUUCCGAGCAAAGGGCCUUGUCCGUCCGUAUAACGCUGCCAUGUCCACAACAUACCAUAAAUUGGUUUUGCGGCUGUUCAAGGAGGGAGUGAUUCGCAUUCUUGUAUGCACUGAUGCUGCAGGCAUGGGAUGCAAUAUCCCAGAUGUCGACAUCGUUGUUCAGUGGAAAGCCCCCUCAAAUCUUUCCUCAUGGGUUCAGCGUGCGGGUCGAGCCGCCCAGGCUGCAGGUCGUGAAGGACUUGCCGUUAUGAUCGUUGAAAAGUCUGCUUUCGAAAUUAGUACUACUGCAGCAUCAUCAGGUGAGUUUGGCACAAACACAGCAUCAGUCUCACAGAGACGUAACACCUGCGGCGGUCAUGGGAGGGGCCAUAGUGGUCGAGGCAGAGGCCAGGGAAGACCAGCAAAAAAUGGCCCAACCUAUGGGGUGUUGCAUGGUGCAAAGCGUGGCCAAUACAGUGGGGCUCAUGACACAAUGACACACCUAGAAGAGCGCGAAGAGAUUCCAGGUGAUGCGGUGGGAGAGGGUUUGUAUUGGUACAUUCAAACAACGGUCUGUCGUUGGCUGAUAUUGACAAAAAUCUUUCGGAAUAAGCCCUCAUAUGUGUCGCCCACUCGAUGUUGUGAUCUCUGCAACCCAAAGCUUUUUGACCGAACCCGCCCCAGCGAACUGAUUGUCACUGCUCGCCAACGUUCCAUCAGGAAAGGUGAACCUGUCGCCUUGGUCCAAGAUGUGUUGUAUGCCUGGCGCAGGUCUGUGAAGUGCGAGCUUUAUCCAAGGGCAAUGUGGGCUCCACAGGCUCUGCUUGAUGAUCCAACAUGUGAACUUUUGUCCUCUGUUGGGCUGAUACAAACAAAGGAGCACCUCGCAUUGUUGGUGGAGUCAUGUUGGGCGUGUUGGAGCCUCCUCGGUGAUAGACUGUUCAACUUGCUUGUCAGUCUCAAAAUUCCUAGUUUAGCAAGGUCAAAACGCACCACAACUGCCUCUAAACGCUCUGCACCCACGGAAAUGCUAAGUUCUGCAUUGCCUGCUACCUUGCCGAAGCGACUCCGUCUGUCGACACAUCAUGAAUCAGGUCCCUCCACCUCAAUUGGUGUGCAAAAAUCAGCUGUACCUUCAAUUUCAUUCGGACCUAGUGCAUAUGACAGCUUUUUCAGUCGUCUGUGA